UAGAGGGGGAGAGACGGAGAGAGAGAGAGACCCCGUCGCGUUUUGACCCGCGCGUCACCACUCCUCCUCCUGCUCUUCGUCUUCUUCUGUAGAGGCUGCGUGCUCCAUCGCUCAUUCCCAGCCACUGACACAUCCUAAGCAGCGAAGCACGGACGGACAGCGAGCGAGAGGAGCCAAAAAGGAGAGGGACGAUCGCCUGCCGCUUGCCUUCUCGCUUGCUUCGGCUUUUAUCGAGUCUCCCCGUAAUACCGAGCGACCUGCACUUAUUAGCCCGUAACCGGAGAGCUCUUUACGGGAAGGCACUUCGCUGUUUACCGCCGCCUUUCUUCUCUUUGUGGACACUACCUCCGGACUCGCACGGGACUAUCGGUGUUUACGGGUUUACGCAAAGGAGCAGAGCGGCAAAAGCAUUGUGGAGUAGCCGAGCAGAGCAUCUCCGUCCCCCGAGUAGGAUUGGCUGUCGAGCCGCAUGGAGAAGAGGUAUGAAGAUCUGGUACACUACUCCGGAACCGAGGGCAUGGCGGUGGGGGGGUACGCAGACGACCUCAGGGGGCUGCCUCCGCCCCAGUACGGAGCACCCAUCCCGGAUUCACUCAAGCACCACAAGGACCAGAUCUAUGGUCACCCGCUGUUCCCACUACUGGCCUUAGUCUUCGAGAAGUGUGAGCUUGCAACCUGCUCGCCUCGUGACUCCGCCUCCUCCCUCUCAGGGUCCUCCCACAUGCCCGGAAUGACCAAUCACAGCGACGUCUGCUCCUCGGAAUCCUUCAAUGAUGACAUCGCGGCCUUCGCUAAACAGAUUCGCUCUGAGAAGCCGAUUUUCUCCUCCAAUCCCGAACUAGACAACCUGAUGAUCCAAGCAAUUCAAGUUUUACGAUUUCAUCUGCUGGAGUUGGAGAAGGUCCAUGAUUUGUGUGAUAACUUCUGUCACCGUUACAUCACCUGUCUGAAGGGGAAAAUGCCCACAGACCUGGUUUUGGACGAGCGAGAGGGAGGCUCGAAAUCCGACAUGGAGGACUUUGGAGGGUCCUGUACCAACCUCUCAGAUCAGGGCGCCUCAUGGUUACGUGAACCGGACGAGUGCGCCACGACUCCACUGGGGACCCCCGGCACCUGCGGCCUGCCCUCCCAAAGCACAGGGGACAAUGGCAGUGACACAGGAGAUGGUCUGGAUGGAGCUGUGGCUUCUCCGAGCACAGGAGACGAUGACGACUCUGACAGAGACCGACGAAACAAUAAGAAGAGAGGGAUCUUCCCCAAAGUCGCUACGAACAUCAUGAGAGCGUGGCUUUUCCAGCACCUGUCGCACCCUUAUCCCUCAGAGGAACAGAAGAAGCAGCUCUCCCAGGACACGGGGCUGACCAUCUUACAGGUCAACAACUGGUUCAUCAACGCCAGGAGGAGAAUAGUGCAGCCCAUGAUCGACCAAUCAAAUCGCUCAGGUCAAGGAGGUCCUUAUAGCCCUGAGGGAGCAGCUCUUGGAGGGUAUGGCCUGGACGGACAGGGCCAUCUCGGGCUCAGAACAGCAGGUCUACAGGGGAUGUCCUCUCUUCAAGGCGAAUACCCGGGGUCGCUCCUGUCCCAGCCCGGGUACCCUCCUCACCCUGGCCCCUCCCUCCACGCGUACCCCGGAGCCCACCCGCACCCCGCCAUGCUCCUCCACCCGCCCCCCCACGCCCACCCAGCCGAACCUCUACUGGCACAAGGACUGGACAUUCAUGCACACUAGCUGCAGGCCUGAAUGGGACACACAGACUGAUGUAUGCCUGGGAAUGCACAGACAGACUAUGGAAAUAUAUUCUGUGCAUUGCGUGAGUGGAGUAUGUGUAAUGACGCAUACAAUAUUUAAAGAGAAGAAAAUACACAAAGUUUACAUUCCCCACUUAAAGACCUCAAUGUAGCCUCCCUGCUUCACUGUACAGACCAGAGCAGUGGUUCUCAAACUGUGGGCUGCGUAACAAU